AUGGACGCGUUGAAGCGCAAGUUCUCGUUGCUGCGAAACCACCCCAAGCCCACCGGUGACCCUUCAUGUCCGGUGGAUGUGGCACGCGCAAAGCGUAUCGGUUGUCAGAUUGACGUGGAAGCAUCCGUUCUUACUACGGAGGAUGGUGAUGAUGACGAGGACACCCCAUCCAGUAUCGAUAAGAUUUUCCAACGAAAACACGGACUCAUCAGCAAGGGUCAGCACGGCGAAGCUGCCUCGACACCCGCGGCUGAUGUUAUCGUCGGUCGCCAGAAAAUGCUACAAGAAACGAGUGGUUAUAACAUGAACGACGUCUUCAACACGGACGAAACCUCGUACUGCUUGUUGCAGCACCAGUCGAUCACCCGUAGCCGCGUUCCUGGAUAA